GCAGGAAAAAGUUUGCAAAGAGUUUCUUUUAAAAAAAGAACUGGAGGCGGCUCCAAGCGGCGUUCGGUGGCUGGCGACGGGCAGCAUGGACGCCCUCAAGUCCGCCGGACGGGCCAUCAUCCGGAGCCCCAGCAUCGCCAAGCAGAACUGGGGCAGCGGCAGGCACAAGAAACUCCCAGAAAACUGGACAGAUACCAGGGAAACCCUUCUGGAGGGCAUGCUCUUCAACCUGAAAUACCUAGGCAUGACGCUGGUCGAACAACCCAAAGGAGAAGAAUUGUCGGCUGCUGCUGUGAAAAGAAUUGUUGCAACGGCAAAAGCCGGCGGCAAGAAACUCCAGAAGAUCACCUUGAAAGUAUCUCCCAGAGGGAUAAUCCUCAGUGACAGCAUAACAAAUGAGCCAAUUGAAAACAUUUCAAUAUACAGGAUAUCCUACUGCACGGCAGAUAAAGUGCACGACAAAGUGUUUGCCUACAUUGCCCAGAGUCAGCACAAUGAAAACCUGGAGUGCCACGCCUUCCUCUGCACAAAACGGAAAAUGGCCCAAGCCGUCACCCUUACAGUCGCUCAGGCAUUCAAAGUAGCGUUUGAAUUCUGGCAGGCGUCCAAAGAAGAAAAGGAGAAGCGGGAAAGAGCCAUGUUGGAAGGAGAAGGGACCAGCAGCCCAAACUCAGAAAACUCUGCCUCCCACAAAGACUCAGUCACCACUGGGAAUCUCUUGGACCUGGAGAAUGUUGCCAAAACUCCUUUGACCGUGAAUGCAAAUUCUGUGCCUUCAGAUGGCAGCACCUUCCAGGCACCUUCGUCAGAAAACAACAACAUAGUGUGGUCAAUGGACGACGGACUGGAUGAAGCCUUUUCAAGACUGGCCGAGUCUCGAACUAACCCCCAAGUCCUUGACAUUGGCUUGACCGUUCAGGACAUGCAGACCACCGAAAUUCUCUCGCCAACUGACUGGGACAAAGUGGAUUCCACGACAGCAGCCGACAAAGACGACAACCUCUUUGGCUUCUGACACCCUCUGUAUUUUUCCUGGCAGCCGUUUGGGUUCCAAUAAUCACUACGCAUAACCGGACUUUGUAUGCACUGCAUUCUGGGUGAUUUAACUGUACUGUUGGGAAGAGCGGUACAUUUGGUUCUAGUGGAUUCUGUUGUGACACCCAGCAGCUCUUCAGACCAAAGCUUCCAAUACUUCAUGCAUCUUUUUUUAUAUAUAUAUAUAUAAUUGUUUUGGGGUCUUUUAUCUACACCAUGAGAUGCUCCUUGAAUAUAUUUAUUCAAGAACCCCUUUUGGUUUACAUAUAUUAUGGAAUUUUUUAGCUUCAUCUAACAUAACAUUACAGUAUUAGAUUGCUUUUCCCACUGGAAUAUCCUCAGCAGACAGCACCUGUAUCUUGUGAAGGAAAUUGGCGGUGGGAGACCAAAGUCCUCUGAAAUAUACUGGCCUUUUUUUCUAGAAUGGAGCAGCAUCUUGUCCUGGGGAGGUACAGAGAGGUUGGGCAGAGGACUGCCUGACUGGUUUGGAGGGAAGAGGGAGAUUUGCGGGGGGGGGGGGGUACCAUGAGAUUGUGUUGCUUCAUUAUGAAGGGCAGGAAAAGGUAGUGUGUGUGUGACUCUCUAGCCCUUCUCUCUAUGACCCACUGGCUCCUCCCACAGGCUUGUUGGUGUCAGCUGUAGAAUCAGGUGGGGCUUAUCCAGAGAACUGGAAAUAUAGAGAACAGUAGGAACCAUUUCCAGGACUUCUGACCUCUCUCUACCCAGCUACUAACACAGAACUGGGGCAAGCCAAAGCACAUAUGUUUCCCCACACCUCAGCCAUGGCCUGGAGUCCUAGAAGUGAUAAAUAGUUGAAGAGUGGCACGUGAGUUGUUGGAUGCAUCUUUCCCCCUUACCCCAAAGAUGUUCUGGGAGGCAUGUGUGUGUCUUGGGGCAGUCUGCAUGCAAAGGGGCCAGCUGUUCUCUAUUUGCUCUCCCGUUAGAGGUCUAGCAUGGCUUCCUUGUAUCUCAGAUGUAUUUGUAAGUGUGAGGGGUGUUUUGGAACACUCUGACAGCAGUGCUGUUGGUGCAGCCCAUGUAGCAAGCAAGGGGGAGUUCCUAUGUUGAGGAGCAGUAUGUGCUUCUUUCCCCUCUGAGACAUUGCCAGGUGACGUGGUACAGCAUCCUGCCACUAUAUAGCAGGUUGCCCAUCAUGUGUGACUCAUCGUGCCCGUUGUGCCCAUUGUGUGUGACUCAUGUAGACCCUCAAGUUUCUUUGGCUUUGAUUUAAGCCUACACAGGAAUGGGGCCGCUACGGCCCACAACACUUGAAGACUGCUGCGAGUUGAGCAAGUUGGGAAGUGUUUGGAUUGAGGGAAGAGAGGGUUGGCAGCCCUUUCUCUCCUCUUUGGCUGGAUUUACACUGUUCCUGGACAGUGCCACUUCAGACUGCUGUCAUUGUUGCCUGUUUGAACACUUCUCCCACCCCAGUUCCUCAAAAGACUAGGAGAAGCCAAGCUAGGACUCUUCUCCUUCAUAUUGAAUUUUUACAUGGCAGAGUUAUUUUUUAAAUGUGGAAGCUUAAUCAAGGCCUCCCUCUUUUCAUAGAAAAUUAAGCUCUAUUUUGAAUUUCCUUCCUGAAAUGCUAGCUUGCUGCAUGUGGGGAUUUCUAUUCUUGUGGUUGAGGAGUAUUCAGAUGUGUAACCCUCGGCACCAUCUUGCGGUCUGAAGUGGUACAGUCUAGGAACAACUGUGGUAUUUAAUCUGCUAUUUGCAUAAACAAGCACACCACUGACCGGGAGGAGGUUGCUGUCUGUGAAGGUGGUUACCUUCUCAAAAGUGUGUGCAAAAGAGAGAAGAUCAUGCGUGCGAGGGAGGUUGUCUCUGUGUCUGCAGAGUCUUGAAGCUUGCAUCUCUGCAUGGAUACUUAGCAAAGAACUUCAUUCUUGCUGAACCAUAUUGUGAUCUGAUUCUGCAUCUAUUGGCCCCUUCAGGGACGAGCUGACUAUGUCUGCAUUUGGUAGGAGGUCCACAAAAAAAUAGGAGAUGGCCUUAUUUACAGAAAUAUUUGGGGAGGAGGGACCAAAGUCUGUUUUUAUGUAACUGGUUUUUCAAAGGUAUCUUCCAUCUCGUUGAAUUCUUCCUGAGCAUCUAUCGGGUGGGGGUGGGUGGGCUGUAAUAGCUGAUACAAUUAGGUUUGAAUUGUGGGUGAUCUUUGAGGUCUCUAAUUAGAUCUCCAGAUGGGAAAUUUUGCUGCAAAAAGCAGACCUGAGACAGAGUGUCUUUGUGUUGUGGCCAUCAUAAAUGGGUGGAGGAGGUAACUCUUUACCCCAAUCAAAAAUGCACCCCUCCCCAGCUGUUUUAUUGUAAGGGGAAAGACAGGUUUUAUCACUGUUUUUUCUCAUUCCAAGGCUUAUAGCUGCCUGGAGCAGGGAAAGUUAUUUGCAAUCAGGCAACAGCAUUAGGCAGCAAGGAGAGAGUUAACUACCUUCCCACUGCCAUGGCCCUGGCCCAUAUUAGGCUUCAUGCAGCUGCUUCGUAGGGUCAAGUUAUGCAUCUGGAGUUCCCAUCCUUGCAUCUAGUUCAAACUUAAGUAAGAAAGACUGCCGUUUGGUUUUUCAGUGGGGAGCAAGGGCUUGUUUCUUUCUCUUUUUCACCCCUUUCUUUCUCUGCCAACUUUAGAAUGGAGUGGGGCUCUUGUAUCCAAAGAUUUGCACUUUAGAAACAAAAGGAUGGUUUCAGAUGUCAAAACAGGUCUGCACAGCUGUAGCCCGUUCUAUUUCCCUCGCCAUUUUUCGAAAGCCCUUCUUCUCGAAAAAGAAGCCCACAGUGGGAUAUUCUUCCCCAGACUUAUCCUGGGCUCUUCUGCAGCCGCAGGAUAUUUGAAGACGCAGCCAUCACAUUGAUGUUGAGCAUCAAUGGUGCUUUGAAAAUGAUAUCUUGACAUUUGCCACCAAGGAAGAAUUCAGUUGCUGAGUCUUGGCUGGCGAUUAAAUAAGAGUGGCGUGGGUAUUUAUGUAUAUUUCUCCUUUUAACCAUCUUCCACUUCUGUUCCAGUCGUGGCCCCCUCUGGCAUUUAAACCUCUAAAUAUAAAUGCCUGCCAAAUUACAUUAAACAAAACCCUUCGUUCCUGAUUGCUUUCCAUUUUAAAAAGAUGUAUUUAAGUGGCUGAGGUUUAAAGAUUACCCUCCCUUCUCCUUCUACCCCCUGCAUCUCUUACAUGCUUAGAAAAGAGUAUCUCUUUCUGAUUUUUUAUUUCAUAGACUCUGGAUUUACAAAACCAAACAACAAGUGAAUCAGAAUUAUGCUCAUUAAGAGAUUAAGUUUACAAUGAUCCCGAAUAGUUGCUCUACAGCACAGUUUGCCCAGUUUGUGGCCUUGUUGGAAAUAUACUAAUCUGUUUUAUAGUUUUGUAAUUGGCUUAAAAAUGCUAAUUUCAGUUCCCCAUAUAAUCUCUUUUUUUUAAAAAAAAGACUGCUAAUACUGUAGCUGUGAAAAAUAAAAGAGGACAGUGGAUAAACUAGUCUGAAACCUGCUACUCCAAAACUUUGGCCCUUUUUGCCAUCUCUUACAAUUUCUACAUACUGGGGUGGGGCUUUAAAGAAACCUUCUUCAACUCAUCAAUAAUCAGAAGUGCCUGAGAUGUCUGGCAGGGCACAGAAUUUCUGUAUUGGGGUUGAUGGUACAAAACCAGUUGAAGUUAUCUAUUUAAGACAAAUAUGUUUGUUCAGACAAUAUCCUCACCUAUGCAAAACUAGCCAUAGUGAAGUGUCCUAAGCUAAUAUGUGGGGCAGGGGGAGCUGGGAUCAUUCUAAAAGUUGUUACAAGAAUGGUCCAAGAAAUUUCAUCUCUGUGUCAAUAUUUACUAUUUUCUUUUCUAGGAAUUCUCAGAGUAUAUACUUAAUAUGCACAGUAUAUCUGCGUGUAUAUAGAGAAAUGUAUACUGUAAAAAGUAUCGUGUUCUGAAAAUAAAACUUCUACCUUUUUCCAAAACAUUA